ACUAUACUGUACACCAAACUCGCUCCGCUCGCAUUGCAACUUUUGCAGGGACUCUACAGACAUGUCGUACACUAGCUGAAGUCAACCUGCAAUUUGGCUCAACAUUUGAGCCAAAACAAUUCACAAACGACAGGGUUUUGUUGCAGAAAUAAUACACUAUAUUUUCCCCGUGGACUGAGCACGAAUUUGUAACCUUGGAUGGGAUUUUAGAUUUUUCUUCUCACUAAUGAACUGAGCUAGUAAUGCAGGAGACAGCGACUCUGUCAGUGGCUCAAGAUGGCAGAUUUUUACUGAGUUCUGAACAGAUAUCUCGCUUUAUUUUUUGCCAUGAAUAACAGAAGUCCUUGCACCGAUGGCCCCUGUAUACGAAGGUAUGGCCUCGCAAGUGCAAGUCUUGUCCCCUCACACUCUCCAGUCAAGUGCCUUCUUUAGCGUGAAGAAGCUGAAGGUGGAGCAGAGUUCAUACUGGGAUAUGACAGGGUACGGCACACACAGCAAAGUCGUCUACAGUCAGAACAGCAAGCAGCAAGUGUCGCACGCCACCCCUCUUGGCAUCAACUCCUCUCUGCCCUACGAGCAGCCAGCGCUCAUCUUCCCGUCUAGCGCGGGGCACAUCGUGGUCGCCUCGGCCAGCAGUACCUCGGGCACCGCAGGGCCUCUGGGACCUCUGUUGGGCUUGGCCAGUAGCAGUAGCGGCAGUGGAGGCGGAAGCGGAGGAGGAAGUGGUGGAGCCAUCCACAACCUGACCCGUCGCAGCACCGUCAGUCUGCUGGACACCUACCAGCGAUGCGGGCUUAAGCGCAAGAGUGAGGAGCUUGACAACAGCAACAGCAGCGUGACGAUCAUCGAGGAGCACGGCAGCGGCACAACGAUGAUCCAGAACGCAGCCAGCGGGGCCGCUGUGGCCAUCGCCACGGCAACGGCCACAUCGACAGCCACCUCCAAGAACAGUGGUUCCAACAAUGAAGGGGACUACCAGUUGGUGCAGCACGAGGUGGUCUGCUCCAUGACCAACACCUACGAGGUGCUAGAGUUCUUGGGCAGAGGCACCUUCGGCCAGGUGGUCAAGUGCUGGAAGAGGGGCACCAACGAGAUUGUUGCCAUCAAGAUCUUGAAGAACCACCCGUCAUACGCGCGCCAGGGCCAGAUCGAGGUGAGCAUCCUGGCCCGGUUGAGCACGGAGAGUGCAGACGACUACAACUUUGUGCGUGCCUACGAGUGCUUCCAGCACAAAAACCACACGUGCCUGGUGUUCGAGAUGCUGGAGCAGAACCUGUACGACUUCCUCAAGCAGAACAAAUUCAGUCCACUGCCGUUGAAGUACAUCAGACCGGUCUUGCAGCAGGUGGCCACGGCCCUGAUGAAGCUCAAGAGCCUGGGCCUGAUUCACGCUGACCUGAAGCCGGAGAACAUCAUGUUGGUGGACCCCUCCAGGCAGCCGUACCGCGUCAAGGUCAUCGACUUUGGGUCGGCCAGCCACGUGUCCAAAGCUGUGUGCUCCACCUACCUGCAGUCCAGAUACUACAGAGCUCCAGAGAUCAUCCUGGGCCUGCCAUUCUGUGAGGCCAUCGACAUGUGGUCCCUGGGCUGUGUCAUCGCUGAGCUCUUCCUGGGCUGGCCCCUCUACCCAGGGGCCUCCGAGUACGACCAGAUCCGGUACAUCUCUCAGACACAGGGGCUGCCUGCGGAGUUCCUCCUGAGUGCAGGGACUAAGACUACUAGGUUCUUCAACCGAGUCACAGACUCUACCAACUACCCCCUGUGGAGACUGAAGGUGAAUAUGACGACAGAUCUGGAGGGUAGUGACAUGCUCGCGGAGAAGGCAGACAGGAGAGAGUUCAUCGACUUGUUGACCAAGAUGCUGACAAUCGACGCGGACAAAAGGAUCACCCCCAUCGAGACCCUCAAUCAUCCCUUCGUAACCAUGACUCACCUCCUCCCCCACAGCACACAUGUCAAGUCCUGCUUCCAGAACAUGGACAUCUGUAAGCGUCGUGUGGGCAUGUACGACACGGUCAACCAGAGCAAGACCCCCUACACCCACGUGGCCCCCAGCACCUCUACCAACCUCACCAUGACCUUCAACAACCAGCUCAACACUGUGCACAGCCAGGCCACCAACCUAGCUCCCUCCACCACCAGUGCCACCCUUUCCCUUGCCAACCCCGAAGUCUCCAUACUAAACUACCCAUCUGCACUCUACCAGCCGUCCGCGGCCUCCAUGGCUGCCGUGGCACAAAGGAGCAUGCCCCUGCAGCCCGGGGCCACUCAACUCUGUCCUGCCCGGCCUGACCCCUUCCAGCAGGCCCUCAUCGUCUGUCCACCAGGCUUCCAAGGGCUGCAGGCUUCCCCGUCCAAGCACACAGGCUACUCUGUGCGGAUGGAGAGCGCCGUUCCUAUAGUGACGCAGGCCCCCGGUGCUCAGCCGCUGCAGAUCCAGCCAGGCCUGUUGACACAGCAGGCCUGGCCCAGUGGCACCCAGCAGAUACUCCUACCCCCGGCCUGGCAGCAGCUUACCCACAUCGUCCAGCACGCCACCGUCAUCCCAGACUCCAUGAUGGCCUCACAGCCCCUGGCUAACUGGAGGAAUUCUCACCAGCACAGCGGCCAUUACAAUCCCAUCAUGCAACAGCCGGCGCUGCUGACUGGCCACGUCACCCUACCAUCCAACCAGAAUCAGCCUCUCAAUGUGGGCGUGGCCCAUGUGAUGAGGCAACCGUUGACCAAUAACAACAACUCUUCUUCCAAAAAGACCAAGCAGCAUCAGAUGACUGCCAGAAACGUGUCUGCAUACGAGGUGUCCUCCUCCCAGGCGGUACUGUCCCCACAGCGCUCCAAGCGGGUGAAGGAGAACACCCCUCCACGCUGUGCUGUGCUCCAGAACCACGCCCCCUCCUCCAGCUCCGGCUGUGGACCCCCACAGGGUUGUGGAGGGUGGGGAGCGGGCGAAGCAGAGCAGGCUUCCAGCACCACCCAGGACCACCACCAGCACCACAACAGGCCGCGUCAGACCAUCAUCAUCCCUGAUACACCCAGCCCGGCUGUCAGUAUAAUCACCAUCAGCAGUGACACGGACGAGGAGGAUGAUCACAAGCAGAGCAACACCAACCAUACCAGCUUGUCCAAGCAUAGGAAGAACGUCAUCAGCUGUGUGACGGUACACGACUCCCCCGACUCGGACCUGUCCAGUAACAACAGUCCCUAUGCCGUAGAGUCCAGGCUGGCCAACAACAACGGCUACCAUGACUCCAAGACCACCUUGUUGGACAACUACAGCAACGGCAACAACCCCCGCACCAUCAUCAUCCCCCCUCUGAAGAGCCAGUCCAGCGAGGUGCUGAGCGAGUGUGAGCGCCUGAUGCCAGAUGCAAUGAAUCAUCAGAAUUCGGCGUAUAAGUUUAAAACCUCCAACGGCGUGGGCAUGAUGUCUGGCAACAACCACCUUUCGGGGGGCAUGUCUUACCGACAGCAGCGCUCAGGGCCACACCCCUUCCAGCAGCAGCAGCCUCUCAAUCUCAGCCAGGCCCAGCAGCACAUGGUAGCUGAGAGGAACGGAGGCCACCGGCGCCAGCAGGCUUACAUCACCCCAACCAUCGCAGCCCAGGCCCCCUACUCCUUCCAGCACCACAACAGCCCCUCUCACACUGCCAACGUGCACACCCACCUGGCUGCCACCCACCUGUCUGCCACCCACCUGGCUGCCACCCACCUGCCCGGCCAGCCCCACCUCUACACCUACACUGCCACGCCAGCAGCCCUGGGCUCCACGGGCACUGUGGCCCACCUGGUGGCAACCCCGGGCUCUGCCCGCCACACGGUCCAGCACACCACAUACCACACACCGGCCAUUGUUCACCAGGUACCCGUCAGCAUGGGGCACCACGUGCUGCCCUCACCCACCCUGCACCACAGCCAGUACCAGGCUCAGUUUGCUCACCAGACGUACAUCAGCGCCUCGCCUGCCUCCACUGUCUACAGAUACCCACUGAGCCCCACCAAGGUGAACCAGUACCCUUACCUCUAGAGCCAAGCCAACACACUGGAGACCCAGAAC